AUGGGGGAUUGUGCAACGCCCGCGCUCGUUACGCGUCCUAACGAGCACGAUCCCGUCUCUCCUCUGUUUUCGAAGGAAGGGAUCGCGAGCGGGGAGCCUCCCUACGGCUUCGAGGAGGAAGGCCUCGGGAGUCAAGGUCUGUCCGACGUGCGGAAGCAGCGUCAUUUAUCCUUUGUCGAGCCCGACAAAGAGGAUCUCCCGUCCACGCGAAGAAAGCCUCCACGUCGAAUCCCCCCUCUCACUUUUCCUCCCUCUCGCAAGGCAUUUCAACCGGAACUGGACUCCUCCGGCUACAUGCGAGUGAGGAUCCGAAAGACCCGACCGACCCUGGGCAUGGCCAUCGAAGGAGGCAAGCACACGAAGCAGGAGAUCCCCCGGAUCAUCACCCUCCACGUGAGUCGUCCCCUCCACCCUCCUCCACCGCGAACAUCCUCCACGCCCCUAACGCGGCCCUCCUCCGAACAGGAAGACGGAGCUGCGAUCGAGACCCCGGGGAUCCGCAUCGGCCAGACGAUCGUGGAGGUGGACGGCCACACCACGAAAGGUCCUGUCCCCUUCGUCGCCUUCCCCUUUCUCCCCGGCAGUCGGUCGGUGGGGGCCCUCGCCUCCAGCGGAUGCGACAGUUAG